ACGCAUGAUUAAUGAAGUGCGCACCGGAAAGCACAAAGCCACAACAUCUCAGCGUGUAAUUCCUAAACGCUCUUAAAACAAAGACUUACUUGGUGUAUUGAUCAAACUGGUUUGUGUUAAAAGGACAGAAAUCGAUCGAUCGCGGCUAUAAGCUGCCGGGUUCAGCCAUGUGUGCGUCAAGCCCAGAGAGUUUGUUGUCACCAGUGUGCACAACGCACACAGGAGCGCACAAGAAGAGAUCGCGUGGCGUCCUGUCGCCUCUCCUGGAGGACAGCAGUGAAGCCGGAGCCGCCUAUAUAAGAGCUCCCAAGAUGCUACUGAUCGGUCAUUCGUGCACUUGCUGCCAGCGGUUUUUAAAGCAUCGCCCCUGCCGUGCAACGUGUGCCUCCCCACUACUCCGCUCUCACAUGUAGACUCACGUUUUCUAACAGCUCUACUCGAGAUUUAGGGCGGAUUUCUCUCUCUCGGCCUCGACCAUGCGCCUCAGUCAACACGGAUUUCAACACAUAAACUUUGUUAAAGAAGAGUCCCAGGGCGCAGAGGAUGCUCCACAGCGUAGACUGUGUGUUUAACGCAAACUAGUGAACGCGGCUGUCCAGGAGCGACUCCAAAUGAAGUUGUGAGUAUGAGAAAAAGAGAACAAACCGGAUUUUCACUCGGUUAGGGUCACCAAACAAGUAGCCUCCACUCUGGGCAUGGACAAUGGAUACUUUAAGUCUAUCUGUGAACGCUGUGUCCUACACCGUGGCAGCGGAACUCUCCACUGCUAAUGAUCCGUUCAAUGCACCCGUCAAGAACAUCGCGCCUUGGAACUUCACUAUCUUGGCCGUGCUGAUGUUUGUGGUCACCUCGCUGUCUCUGAGCGAAAAUUUCCUCGUCAUGUUUGUCACUUUCAAGUACAAACAACUCAGACAGCCCCUGAACUACAUUAUAGUGAAUUUGGCCAUCGCUGACUUUCUUGUCUCCCUCACCGGUGGACUAAUAAGUUUCCUGACAAACGCCAGGGGUUAUUUCUUCCUUGGGAAGUGGGCUUGCGUCUUGGAGGGCUUUGCUGUUACUUUUUUCGGGAUCGUGGCCCUGUGGUCCCUGGCCGUUCUGUCCUUCGAACGAUUCUUUGUGAUCUGCCGGCCUCUGGGGAACAUCCGACUUCAAGCGAAGCAUGCUAUCCUGGGUCUGCUGUUCGUCUGGACCUUCUCCUUCAUCUGGACCUUCCCUCCAGUGCUGGGUUGGAACAGAUACACUAUAAGCAAGAUCGGAACCACCUGUGAGCCUGACUGGUAUUCAACCAACAUCAUAGACCACAGCUACAUCAUCACUUUCUUCACCACCUGUUUCAUUCUGCCCCUUGGAGUGAUAUUCUUCUGCUAUGGAAAGCUCCUGCGGAAGCUCAGGAAGGUCUCUCAUGGUCGUUUGGCCAGUGCCAAGAAGCCUGAGCGGCAGGUGACCCGUAUGGUAGUGGUGAUGAUUGUGGCAUUCAUGGUGGGCUGGACACCAUACGCAGCCUUCGCCAUACUGGUCACAGCUCAUCCGACCAUUGAAAUCGAUCCCAGGAUGGCUUCAAUCCCUGCCUUCUUUUCCAAAACAGCCACUGUCUACAACCCAAUCAUCUAUGUCUUCAUGAACAAACAGUUCAGGAAGUGCCUAAUCCAGCUCUUCACCGGCAUGGGCACCAUCCCAGACAGCAACAUUAACCAGACGUCAGAGCGACCUGGAAUUACUGCUGAGAGUCAAACAGGAGAAAUGUCAGCCAUUGCGGCCCGCAUCCCUGUGGGUGGUACAGCGUCGCCCAGGUCUGAUGACUCCCCAACCGACUGUGGCUCCUUUGCCCAGCUCCCCAUCCCAGAGAACAAAGUGUGUCCAAUGUAACAGUAAACCUCCUCCCAAUACGUGUUCUGUUACUCUGUCCUCUGACCCCCAGAGUCCGCAUUAACCUUCUGUAAUCUAGCCACAAUGUGUUUCAGAAACUGUAUGGACUUGAACAGAAUUUGAAGUGUUUGUUUUUUUUAUUUGUUGGGGAGUACAGUGUGAGGAACAGAAGGUCAAAGAAAGGUUUGAAGGGUUUUAAUAGUUGAUGAUUCUAGCACUUUUUAUAUUUUAUUUGCAAGAGUAAUUCAGGACACAAAACAUCAAAUACAAAAGAAGUUUUGUGCUUCAGCAUGUUGCAGUAGAUUGUUCAAUAAUUGAUUAAAAUAAGCACAACAGAGAGGAUGAGAAGGAACUGUAUAGACAGAAAUGCUCAGAGCUUUACCCAAUAGAUAUCUUGUAAAUAUUUGCUUGUUGGAUACUCCUCCAUCCUUCGAAGAAUAUCUUGGAUGAUCUCUUGACCAUUACUGCACACCUGCUAGUGUGUCACAUUAGAGGGCACUUGAUCCGACUUGAUAGCAUCUGCCGUCAUGUCCCCAUGAAAAAAGAGACUGCUAAAAUCGCAAACUUUGACACCAGUUAGUUGAGGGCUAGCCAGUGUUUUUCACAUACCACAAUGCAUCCAAGCCUUUCAUCUCGUCCUUGCCUUCUCCUUUGAAGCCCUGUGAUGGAGCCUGGAGAGAAAGCAUUGUUUUCCUAUGCUGUUUCAGUACUUUGCUUUGGCAGCGCAUUGUCAUUCAUCUCCACUCCGCAAGAGGACGGAGCAGUCUUCUGAAUUUGGAUACUUUUAUUUUAGUGUAUCCUGUGUAGACUAGUUUGGGUCAAAGCUUUCAUCUUUAGAGAAGAUGGUCAAUGGGACUCGGAGAUGCCAGUCUCCUAUUGCCUAUGCUGCUGAUGUAGGAGGACAACAUAUUUAUGAAGUGCCAACAGGGGAUCAGCAAGCACACAACCACAAGCAACACAGUCACAUCUAUACACACAUACACACACACACACACAAUCACACACACAUGUACACACACACACAUUCGGACUGCAAUGCACUGCCUGUAUUGUGAUAAGCUCUCUAUAGGCACUGUGAAGAUGAUACAAUGCAUCAAUAAAUAUCGUAGCACAAGAGUGGCUUAGCUAAGUAGCCAUGUACAAAAGCAAUGAGUAUUCCCAUCAUAAGCACAGGUCAACAGCAAUAUUAAAGCUAAAUAUCUUCACACAGUUGAACACUUCAGCGUUAGCUACAGUAGAUGUAGCAGUGAGUGUUAAAAUGUCUACUACUUGACUUUGUGGUGCAUGUUUGUUCACUAUUACUGAAUAUUUGUCAAAACACUGUUGUAUUCUCUAUGCUGCACAGUGAUUCACUAUGUUAAAAAAAGUAACAGUAUGGUGUCUGUUUUGCUAUGUACUGAGUGUGUGUUCUAAUCAUGUUUGGCCAGUCCCAGUCUGGUAGGAGUAACAUUUAGCAUCUUUAAGCGUCAAUGCAUCUGUGCCAAAUUAAUUGUGAUGCCUUCAUAUAUUAAGCAUAACAACAGGAGACUGUGGUGACUGGUACGUAGCACUUAUCUCAAACCAGUGUUUCCCAGAAUUAAAUUUCAUUUUCCAUGAUCCCUAUUGCUUUUUGUUAACAGUUAGGAUAACAUUUUAAUAUUCUUUUUCGGAACUUAAGGUUGCUGUAAAUCAAUAUAUUGUUAUUUUAACAAUUGAUAAAAAUUGAUAAAUUGACUGUGUAAUAUAAACAGGUCACUCUUUGUGAUUUUAGCAUGAUGAGUGAGCAGCUAUCUUUUUUAGCCUUUUUUAGCUCACUGUUUUGGUUUUCCAGCCAACAAAAUAAGUGAGUUCACACACUUUUAAGGCAAAAAAAAUCUCCAAUAAACUGACUUGAUUCUACCUGCCAAGCAUCAUACUUUGAACAGACAGUUAGCAACUAGCUGGUGAAGAAAGUUGAACAUUUAGCAAGACCUAGAUAUUUUUUUCAUAACUUUCUGGAGAACUAAACAGAACUAAGGAGAGUGAAUUUUUGACUUUUAUUAAUGAGGCUGCCAGUUACAUGACUCCAAACAAAUACUAAUAUCGGUCCAUGUCUGCUGUGUAAGUAGGCAAACAUUAGCCUUAACAAUUUUAUAUGCCAGUGAUAUGGUGGUGGCUGUGUCUGCUAACUUAUUUUUGUGUUUUUCUGCCUGUUACUCGAAAAAAAAAUGAUUAAUGCAGCUUUAAGUGAUUUUUUAAAAUAUAAAUGCUUUUGUCAUCUGCCAUUAACAGAAACAUACUUUUGUGUUACAAGGCAAUCCGGAUUUCUAGCAAAAUUUGACUCAGAUGAACAAGAUGUAAAACGUAUAGAUGCCAGAAGAGUUUUCCAAUCUUCUCAGUGAUGGCAUCUUUUUUAAAGUGAUUAUCCCAAUGUCUCUACAUUUAGCUGCUUGAUUUACUGAUGUUAAAAUGUUCAAGCCAUAUCUCAGGUCUGUCUGAAUUUGCUGUCAAUUGUCUAAUUGUGCUAAUUGCUAAAUUCUAGUCUGACCAUGUUGUAUGAUAACGUUUCCCUCUUAAACAUGUUUUCUGACUUUAUUUAUUUGUCUUUUGGCAUUGUCAGUAUUACGUCUAACCACUUCUCAGUUGUCUUGCAAAUGAUUCUUCACAUCAAGAUCAAAAAUCACUUCUCACCCUUGGUUGAAUGUUGAGUGUAAACGCUAUAAAAACACUAUUUGUAAAGGCAUCAGUUACAAACUCAGCCUCUUGGGUAACAGAAUUAAAUAUUCCAGCACAAUGUUUUUACUACACAAACAUGUCUUUUGUUGCUGCACUGUUGCAGUGCAAAACCACCACAUUGAAGGGAAUUAAACCGGUAUUCAUCAGACAAGCAAAUGUCAAAGAAACUUCAGUAACUAUGAAGUAUGGCUUGACUGACAAAUAACAAUGUCCUACAUGACUUUUUACAGGGAUAGUUCAGAUCAUUUGACAUAAGGUGAUAUAAGUUAUUGACUGGAAAGGUACAUUAAUGUGUGAACAUGAACUCAGGCAAACAGUCCUGUGGUUGCACAACUCACAGUGACCCAAAGGUGGCUUUAUUGAAAAAUGAGUAAAACAGCCAGCAAACAAAAAGUUCUGAAAACAUCAAUUCACAAUUUGAGUACAGCUCCUCGUUAUUAUAUCUUGUUCCAGCUUUUGUGAGCCAUGGUCCAGGUUCUAGUGCGUAGUUACUGUAUACACUGGUUUAUUUGAUGCUAUGUUGUGGCUUGAAAUUGUUGGUGUGCAUUUCUGGAAAAACUCCAACCACACUACUGUUUGUCUGAGCUUGUUUCCAAUAUCAAUAUUACAAAUGGUCAGCAAUUUGUAUUACCUUAUAUCAAAAAAUCCAAACUUUCUGUUUUAGUGUCCACACACAGUGUUCGCCAGUUACCAACAAUAAGUAUUCAUUUAACCUUACCCAAGCCUCCCCACUACUGACUCACACACAAACACACAGACACAAAGACACACACACACACAGACCCAUCUCAAGGCGUAGAUACAGUAGGUAUGCAUGGGCUUUUGGAAGUAGUGACUUCACCUUGAAGAUAAAACAGGAUAUAAAUCAAACAAACCUGCCAGCGUUACAUUUUGUUGCAAGGAUUACAGACUGUACUGCAUGCCGAUAAGGGGAGAGAACACCUCCAACAUGUAUAGAUGGGUAAAAGCUCCUAUUUCUCACUUCCCUACCCUGAAUAUCAAGCUGCUACACCUGUUUGUUGUGUUGUACUUGCAAAGGCAUGUCAAGACUUGUUCUGCUGUAUGUUUUCUGUGUCAUGAGUACUUUUGUCUUGAGUUUGAUUUACAUGGGUUUACAGGUCAUAGAUGCACGCUGGUUAUAAAAUGU